UCCUACUAUGUGUUUGGCCUUGCGAUAGCGUGCCAGUACGUUGGCGAGUGGUGUGUCCUUGCGUACGGCGUGUGGGUAAUAAGGAAUAAAGUUGUUGUCUCCGACGCUGUUGGAUUUAUGCUUUGGAACUUUAGGUGGUUUGAGUGGCGUAGUCGAAGUGAAGGUGAUACAAAGUGGGCUGUCGGGGUUGGGAUUGUCGUAACACUCGUUAUUGAGCGCAUGUCUGGACGGGGGCGAGGUGGUAGAAAGAACCGACAAGGUAGGUGGUCGAACUGUGGGCGCUAUUGGAUGGAGAAUUCAAAUGCCAGGAAUGCGGGUGGCCCUCCGCAGACCGUACCGAUGCAAUAUGGUGGGAAUAAUCUGGCAGGAAAUUCCUUCCCUCCGGGUGUUACUCCGCAACAGUAUCAAUACAGUGGUACGCACGUACCGGCGAUGGCUCCUACGGUUGCUCCUCAUGCGCCGCCUGUGAUGCCUGCGAUGCCUUCACUACCUGCCAUGCCGACUAUGCCGACUGUGCCUACUAUGCCGACUGUGCCUUCAAUGCCAUCGGCGCCGUUGCAAUAUGUGCCGCAUACUGCUCCUCCUAUGGCGGGACAGUGGGGGCCGUGGAUUGCCAUGGCACCUCAGCCGGUGGCUGCCCCACCGCCUCCUCACAACCCUGUUCCUAACCAUACUGGAGGGACGGGGGCUGGUGGCGGGGGUGGUGGAAAAGGACCAGCUGCAAACGCUUUUCCGGGACCUGGUAAGCAUGCCUAUUUCACGAAGGAGUAUAUGGAUCUGCUCGAGGAGAUCAAGACGCACAAGGCGGUUGAAGAAGCCAAUAAGAAGAUGGCGAACGGGUGUCGAGUUCCUAGCAAUCGUGCGACCAGUGUGCGUAUCGUUGAACUUCCAGACGAGGCGAGCAGAGCUGAAGUGCUUUCGUCGGAAAAAAGCGACGAAAUGAAGGCUUGGGUUACCUCCACGCUUGGAAGCUCCUUAAAACUCAUUGCUGAUCGGCUUGAAGAGGUCGAUAAGACAUCCAAACUUACGGUGACGGAGAAAGCUGAAUUGGAGAAGUUACGGGAGGAGAAGCUUGCCCUCGAGAAAGGGAGUAAAGAACUAUCGAGCAGUGAGAAGCGAAAGAGGGCUGGGCAGAGUACACCAGCCGGCAGCUCACCAGGGGUUAAUCGAGUGAAGACUCGAUAGCAUGGCGGUAGUAAGUCUAAAUCCAAGCGUAUCGAGAUCUCCUCGGAUGAAGAAGGCGCGGACAAGGUCAAACAGAACCUGCAGUCGAAGAUGGAAAGUAGUAGCGAACUUGCGGAUAUCAAGAUGAUGCUUGCAGCAUUAAUGCAGGGAAUGAGCGACCCGAAGGGAAAAUCCCAAGUCGUGGAACCUAAGCUGGAAAAGCCGUCCGCUGAGUCUGAGGGUGUGGGAGGGGAAGAAGACGUCGAUACCAUGCAGCCUGCGGUGAACGCAGAAGAAGAUGACAACGACGUAGGUAGCCUGGCCGCGUACAUGAAGAUGCCCUAAGACUUCUACGCUUCCCUGCACUAAACGCGCGUGCAGGAGAUGUGCAAACAAAAGAACAUCCAAUAC